UCUUCUUCUUCGCUGUCAUUUUCCUCCUGGCCUCCAUGUAUGUGUGGCUGCGUAUGUCGCCUCCCUUCCCUCGCUAGUUUGCUUCAUCUCCCACCUCCGCUCACCUCCAGUUCGGGUAGCAGAAUGGCAGCAGCGGCCCCCAACCCGGAGGACUCCGCCAGGUGCAGCGGCGGCUGCAGCGGAACCAGCACACCCAGCGCGCUGGCCGGGGACGGCGACGCRGAAGAGGCCGAGGACUUCACCUCCUCCUCCCACUGCUCGGAGCUGUCGCGGCGGCAGAACGAGCAGAGGAAGCAGGGUUUGUUCUGCGACGUGACGCUGGCCUUCAGCAGCGGGGCGGCUACCGGAAACGUCCAGAGCUGCGAGUUYUCAGCCCACCGGUCCGUCCUGGCCGCUGCCACCGAUUAUUUCACCCCGCUGCUGGGAGGACAGUUCUCCGAGUCCCUCUCCGGGCGGGUGGAGAUGAAGGAGUGGAGCUCGGAGCUGGGGCCGGACCCGGAGACGGUGGAGGGUGUGAUCCAGUACAUGUACACGGGGGAAAUACGCGUUAGCACCUGUAAUGUACACGAAGUACUGGAGCUGGCGGACAGGUUCCUGCUGCUGCAGCUGAAAGAUUUCUGUGGCGAGUUCCUCAAGAAGAAGCUGAGCCUGACCAACUGUGUGGCAGUCCACAGUCUGGCUCACAUGUACACCCUGGACCAGCUGGCUUUACGAGCUGCAGACAUGAUUCGGCGCAACUUCCACAAGGUCAUCCAGGAYGAGGAGUUCUACACGCUGCCCUUCCACCUGGUCCGUGACUGGCUGUCGGACGCGGAGGUCACGGUGGACUCGGAGGAGGUGCUGUUCGAGGCUGUGGUGAAGUGGGUGCAGAAGAACCUGGAGGAGCGGAGCCGCUACUUCGAGGAGCUGUUCCGUCUCCUCAGGCUGCCCCAGAUCAAGCCCACCUACCUGACCAGGGUGGUGAAAAACGAGCGGCUGGUAUCGUCCAACGAGGCCUGCCUCCGGCUGGUGUCGGAGGCCGUGGAGGGUCACGCCAUCCGCUUUGAGAACCUCAAGUCCGCAGACAUGGAGUUCUGGUCGUCGCACAUGGCCUCCUUUCAGCCUCGCUUCGGCCAGAAUAUGGACGUCAUCAUGGUGGUGGGAGGGGUGUCCGAGGGAGGCGACUACCUGAGCGAGUGUGUCGGCUACUUCGUUUACGAGGAUCGGUGGGUCAACCUGCCCCACAUCCACAACCACCUGGACGGCCACGCCAUCGCCACCACGGAGUCCCACGUCUACGUGGCGGGUUCGAUGGAGCCGGGCUUCGCCAAGACGGUGGAACGCUACAACCCCAACCGCAACACCUGGGAGCAGGUCAGCAACCUGACRACGCGCAAGCACUCGUUCGGCCUGACUUGCAUCAAGGACAUCCUGUACAGCAUCGGCGGCCACGGCAACUUCAGCCCGGGCUUCAAAGACGUCAGCGUGUACGAGCCCGAGCAGGACAAGUGGCACAAUCUGGAGUCCGCCCCCAAGAUCCUGCGCGACGUGAAGGCGGUGAGCGUGGAGGAUCGGUACGUGUACGUCACGGCUCGCACGCCCGUGGACACGGACAACGAGGACGGACUGAAGACGGUGACCACCCGCUACGACACGGAGAGCCGCCAGUGGCAGGACGUCGACUCGCUGCCGCUUAUUGACAACUACUGCGUCUUCCAGAUGGCGGUGGCCUCGACUAACUUCUACCACACGGCUUCCUGCUGCCCCAAGAACUACACGGUGAGGGACGAGGUGGCCAGGCAGAAGAUCAGCGCGCGCAUCUCCGAUGAGAUCCUGGAGAGCCUGCCGCCGGAGGUGACCAGCAUCGAGGGCGCCGCCGUCUGCCACUUCGACGAGGACGUCUUCGUCAUCGGCGGCUGGAAGAACAGCGACGACGUGGACAAGCAGUACCGCAAGGAGGCCUACCGCUACUGCGCCGAGCGGAAGCGCUGGAUGCUGCUGCCGCCCAUGCCCCAGCCCCGCUGCCGGGCGACGGCCUGCCACGUGCGCGUCCCGUACCGCUUCCUGUACGGCUGCCAGCGCUACCCCAUGCCCCAGAACCUGGCCCGCCAGCGAGACCGCAUGCAGCAGAUGCAGCAGCUCCACCGGCGCACCCUCACCUUGCGCCGGCAGCUCCAGUCGCAGAUAGAGUGCUGAGCGGGUCGCCRAGGACGCCGCGCGGCUCCGUCCGGAGAUUUACCGCCAACCGCCAUCUCCCCUCCCCCUGUCCAUACACGAAACGCCGCGGUGGGUCUGGUGUUGCUUCGUGCUAGAGUUUACUCAUCUAAACCGUGUGGCAGCAGCUCCCGAGCUGCGUUGUGUUCAUCGYUACCGUGUGAAAAGCCAUGAAACAUCUGGGCAGGUGUGCACUGACCAGGUAUUAGUCUGUGAGGAUGCGGCAUACUUCAAACAUGUGAAUAAAAGUGUUAUACAGCAGCCAAAUCUGAAAAUACUUUAGUCGUUGAUGUAGAUUCAGAUGCUGGUUAUCUAUUUGUAMAUAAAUAGUAUAAAUCUGUAUAUGUAUACAUUUAUAUUGAUAUUUUACAUUCCGUUGUACGUUAGUUCUGGUAAGGAUACGUGAUCUCAGUAAUUCCUGCAUUCCUACAUUUUUAACGAAGUCUCAUCAUUCCAUCGUAACACUGUGACAAUCCUUUCAUGGAAGUGUAACCCUGGUUUAAAAACCAUAAUUUACUUCACUUAAAACAGUACUAUUAUAGCCUCCGCUUGUUGCUUUACAGCUUCGACAUCUAAUGUGAGUUAGGUGUUUAGAUUAGUCCAGAAAUAACCCGUUUGUACCCUUAACAGCUGUAGUGGGUUUUGUUUUUGGUCCUUUUUGUUCUUUGUUACUCUAGAUUUCUGAAGACGUGGCCAGAUUUAAUGAAACGAUUUCUCCCUUUGUUGCGUUUAAAGAUGAUAUUCUGCAUUAAGAACCAAAUCAAUGGCAAUGGCUCAAUCAUUCCUCUCUUUUGCACUUUUGAAGACUGUCGAUGCAUUCCUGCUCAUUUGAGGAGAAAUAAAUGUGUGAUUGUUUGGGGGGGGGGGGUAUGAGUUGUGUUUGCACAGGUUUUAGGUAUUGCUCUGUAAAGAAUAGCAAAGGUUUCAUUGGAACGGCACUUUUUACCAUCUUUAAAUGUUUAUAAAGUCUUAAAGAGGCAUUAUUUUGCCACUGCACCUUGAUUUUGCUUCAUAUCAGACAAAGUGAUUGUAUUCAGGAAAUGUUUUUCUUGUCUUUUUUUUUAAUCAACUUCCAGCUGUUUCGAACUUUGAACAAGCGCGGUGUUAUCAGUAUGGGCCAAAUCGCUUCAAGCAUAAAUGUCUCGUAAAAACCCUGUUUUAUUGUGCUUCACUUCCAGUCGAGUGAUCUGUUCUCCACCAAAGAGACUCAAGAGACGAAAUGAAAAAAUAAAUAAAUAAAGGAAUAAUUUGAGCAAAUCAAACAGGGGUUGUUAUGAAUGUGUUGUGACUGACAUUCAGAAAUUCCAGCGGUCUUKGCAGAGCUUCUUAAAGUUACAGAAAUGAUAUUCAUUUCCACUUUAUGACCAACAUAAACAGCACUGCAAGCAUUAACUGACAUAAGCUAUGUAUUUGCUUUGCAUGUGAUAGUCUGACAUUGUGUCCUUAAUAAUGGAUGUAAGAAAUAAAAAAGUCAGCACUUGCAAUUAAAGAUGUUUUGUAAGAGAGAA